CCCAAUAGAACCCUUCUUGUUUAUUAUUUUUAUUUUGACAUUCAUAAACUUCCCAGACGUCCUGCGAAAAUGAGUGCAAAAAAUUCAGCUCUGGCUUCACUAACUGCAAACUACACAGAUUCUGAGAAUGAAGAUCAUCCGGAUGACUACUCACCCGUGUCAGAAGGGUCAACAAAGCAGACCCCGAAUCAGGCAACAAAAUCAGCUGCUGGUACCCCACAUCCGGUUAGCAGAGAAGUCUCAGCGACACCACCCUUUGUGGGUACCCAGACAAAACCCCAACCACCGAAGAAAGCUCUCCGGCUUGUGAGCUACAACGAUGAGGCUCAGAUUUCGGAUGAGGAAAACGUUUCGCCCAAUUCAGACAUUAGUGCCAUGGAUAUCAGUGAGGAGGAGGAUCAAGUGGUGGACAAGGAGCAGCAGGAGAGUAAGACGGAUAAAUUUGCCGAAUACGGUUUCCAGCUACCACCGGAACCCAAAGGGAAGUGUGCUCCGGAAUUGCAGGAGAAGAUCAAUAAUUUGUACGAGAAGAUGAAGAAUAACAACAUGGACAUGAAUAAGGUCAUCCAGGAGCGAAAGGAGUUCCGGAAUCCCAGUAUUUAUGAGAAAUUAAUUCAAUUUUGUGAUAUAAAUGAGCUGGGAACGAAUUAUCCUCCGGAAAUCUAUGAUCCCCUGCAGUGGGGCAAGGAGAGCUUCUACGAGGAGCUGGCAAAGGCACAAAAGGCUGAAAUGGAUAAACGGGAAAAGGAGAAGAAGGACAAUGCAAAGAUGGAACAAGUUGCUGCUGCUGCCAGGAAGGCUGAAGAGGAAGCAAAGAAGAGGAAAUCAAAAUGGGAUCAACCAGGACCUUCGGCAAAUUCUGCAGCUCUCAAACCAGCUGGAUUAGUUCAACCAUCCCUCACGACAAAUAUAACCGGAACAAAAGGCACCGUGAUCUCUGCAUUUGGUUCCCUGCCGAAGAAGCCAAAAAUCUGAAGGAUAUUCCCUGGUCAGGAUAUUAGAGCUGCAUCUGGAGCUAUACACUAAAACUAAUGUGAAAACAAUCAGCGAGUGUGUGUAAAAAUAUUUUUAAGAGAAUAAAGUUAAAAAAAAUGUUAAAUAAAAAUACUUAAAAUAAAAAAUUGCCGA